UUCUCCGAGAGCACUUCAGUGAGAGGAGGGGAGGGCGAGCAGCGUGUGCUGGGCGAGGCGCGGACUCAGCAGCUGCAGAGUUUCCCUCUGACUCCUGGAUCACAUUUCUCACCAGCCCUCCGACUUUCCACACAGUCAGCACCGAGCAUCGUCCCAGCGUUUAUCCAGGCUGCGCAGCCACAGCUACCUAUCAUACAGCCUGAGGACGAGGAGAAAUCCGCAUUACACGGCGAGACCCAGACCGGCCGCAGCAUGAGAUGCGCCAUCUUCCUGACACUCCUUGCCCUGGGUGUUAUUGUGGAGGCGGAGAGUCCCCGCAACAAACAGAUAAGGAGCGCAGUGCGGUUUGACUCCUCUAAGAGAAGGGGAAUCCUCCAAUAUUCACCGCGCACGGCCCAACGUGGGAGGAAGAAAAGUAUCUGGUCCUACAACCCCGGGCACAGGUCGCUGGCAUUCCUGGUUGCUGGGAAAGUGGAAGAGGCCUCUCCCCCGCCAAUAGACCCGGAGAGUGGGCUGGAAUAUCACUGCCUCGGCUGCUGUGGAGCUAAAGCACCAGUCAGUGGUAAAGCAACCACCAGUCCUGAACUCUCAAACACAGUGGGGCAGAUUGUUUUCCGGACAGAGGGCAACGGAGCACUGGAAACCGAACCAAACGCCAUCAAUGACCGGUGCCUCGGCUGCUGCCAGAAGACAGUGACUCCCAGCCUAGGAGUGACACCGAGGACUCGGGAGGGAACCACAAGUGAGACUAGAAGAGGAGAGACGCUACAGACAAUGGGAAGACAAAGGCCUCAGAAGCCUCAGCGGGAGGGGAUAUAUAACUCCCCCUGUGUCCUGCCGAGGUGCAACCCACACCGGAGGGUGAUGUCUUCCAGCUCCAGUGAGGAGAUCUAUGUGACCAGACAUCACAGACAGCACGGCAGGUUCCAGCCCCUGCAGCACAGGACGGGAAACCAAUGCCGCCAUCUUGGCUGUAGAACAGCUCUGGGGUCUAUUCCGGACUCUUCCAGCUCCAGCGAGGAGGACUGAUCCGUGCGACGCCCCCUGACAUAACCGCCAGGAGGAGGAGAAGCCAUAUUCCGGAUUCCGGAGGGUGGGAUAUUAUCCGUGUACCCUGUACCCAAUAUAUUACAAUGAAUCUGUGACAACGUAUCUAUAGAUGACUGCGGGACGCCAGGAUGUUGUCUGUGCAGGAGGAGGAGAGAGGAACGCGGAGGGCUACAGACUUAUAUUUACUUUAUAUACGAAGCGUCCAUUAUUAAAAUAACAUUUAUAUUAAAUUGACGCGUGAAAAUUUGCAGAAUAUAAAAAUAUUUGUGAAACUGACCGAAGCCAAAUGUAACAUUUUAUACGUGAGAAAUAGAGAAAAUUAUCGCUAUGAAAAAGCAAAAAACUAUAUUAAACGAAUUAAUUGGU